CCGGGUAUGUGACGUCACAAAGCUCACAUGAUCUAUUUAAAAUAUUUGUGUACAAAUGACAAGGAGGACUUCAAACUCUAAAGUUUACAUUUGAUAUUACAGGAAAGAGUGAGACCAGCCAAACCAAUGAAGCGUGCUGAAGCCGGGGCAGCCCCGGUACAGGUCCCGUCGUAUGGAGCUAGUUAUCCGGUUUCCCACCAUGUCGUCCAGAAUCCAAUGAGAACAUUUCAACAGAAGUCCAUAGUGGAGGCAUACGUCCUUCACUUUGCUCUAGGACUAGUUGGCGCCCAUCAUUUCUACCUGAACAGACCCGGAUGGGGAAUUCUUUAUUUCUUUACCUUCGGUUUGUUAGGGGUCGGCUACAUCGUAGAUUUGUUCCGGAUGCCGUUUCUGGUGAGGAACGCUAACGAACGGAUCCAGGACCCGAACAAGCAAAACACACUCCGCAUAGACGAUGCUUACACCCUCUGGUUUCCAUUCGGACUGCUUGGAUUUCAUCAUUUCUACUUGAGGAACUAUGCACUUGGAACUCUUUACCUGUUUUCGUUCGGUCUGUUUGGGAUCGGCUGGCUUCUUGAUCUAUUUUUAAUCCCAAAAUAUGUCAAAAAUGCCAACUCAGGAACACGUGAUCCGGGAAAAAGGUCAACGAGUAUGGGCAUGCUUUUCGCCAUUUCUCCUUUCGGAAUCUUAGGGGGUCAACACUUCUACCUGAACCGCUAUCUCUUCGGAUUCUGCUACUUCUUCACCUUUGGACUUGUUGGAGUCGGCUAUAUUGUUGACUGGUUCCGAAUGCCAAUUCUCGUGAAGCGAUACAACGAGAACCGGAAGUCAACGAUUAUUCGAGAAACUCGAUAUGUUGACGAUGCAUAUCUCCUAUGGUUUCCAUGCGGUUUCCUCGGAUUUCAUCACUUCUAUCUUAACCGUCCAGGCUGGGGAUUCCUCUAUCUGUUUACUUUCGGACUUCUCGGCGUUGGUUGGCUCAUAGACAUGUGCAGAAUCCCGAGUUUGGUAAAGGACUUCAACAGGGCCAGUGAGGAGUGUCAACGUAUCAGGGCAGCCCAAGGACCUCUAGGGCCGCAAAUUGUUGCCGGAAAUGGCCCACAGGGCUCGUACAUACAGACGACCGUGGGACCAACGACGGUGAGACUAAAUCUUGAGAACCCCACAGCACCGCCCUCUGGUGGAUCAAUUAUGUCCCCUGGAUACUACGCCUCAGGAGGUUACCAGGGUGCGCCACCAUAUCUCGCACAGCAGGGAUACCCACCACAACAGGGGUACCCACCACAGCAGGGAUACCCACCGCAACAGGGGUAUCCCCCGCAACAAGGGUAUCCCCAACAACAGGGCUAUCCCCAGCAACAAGGAUUCCCUCAGCAACCGGGAUAUUCUCAACAACAGCAGUCAGCAAUGCCUACAAAUUUCGGCGGUUCCGCAGAAAGUCCUCCCCCGUACACAGAGGCUAACGACGGAGCCGCGCCAUUGCCGAGAAAGGACUGAAGGAUUUGACCAGUGGCUAUCUUGACCGUUAAGAUCCUUAACAAGAACAAAUGGUUACAUUUCCCUUGUGUACUGGCCGGACUUGUUUUUUCCUCCCUAAUAAGAGCAACAAUCAAGGAGAUACGUUCUCAAUCAUGACGAGAGUCCUCAAUCUUGUUUCUUUAGUAACACCCGUUCCAGAUCAUUUUCAAUAAUACAUGAGUUGUGUAGGUCGUUUGUAUUUGCCUCAUAUACAAUUUUUAGACCAUGGUCGGAGCAAUGCAUAAUUUAUAACUCAGGAUGUGAAUAUUCAUGAACUGCUGGUCGCAUCUGUCGUCAUUUCCGGUGUUAAUAUAAACAUGUAUCAGCGCAUGCGCGGUAUUCAACAUCAAAGUCAAUAGCUAAUUCACAGCAUGCAUAUCUAGUAUUUCUAUAAAUCUUUUACUAUAUAUUUUUCCAUUCAAAUUAAUUAUUAGUAAAGCUGCGUCUAAGAUUUUUUUUAAUGGAUCAUGAUAGUUCAUAUUUUGUAUGCACUAAAACUGCGAUAUAAUGUCAAGAUUGGUCGAGCUAAGUUUUGGCUUUAUAAAGCGGGUUGAUGAUAUAUAUGGAAACGAAGGAAAUGAUAAUUAAAAUGAAAAAUGGAUCCCGGAAUAUUGGCGAAAAACAAAGAAGUGAAACGAGGGACAUUAUGUCCAUUUUUUCAGUACCGUUGACGAAAUUCGGUGUUUAAUUUAUACCCUAAAUGCAUAACUUGGAAUAGAACGUAUCUGUGUGUAGUGAUCAUAUGUAGAGCAUAAGGCAAUAGUAAUAUUUAGCUCGUCGGUACCAUGGCGAAUUGUCAAUUACAUGUUUCUCUACAUUAGCUAUUUACUGAAGUUAUAGACAUGUCCAGUUUUAAAAUUGAUAUUGACCAGAGGUGACCUUUACCCCUUGUUGACCGGAAGUGAACUUGAACUUGUGUGUAAGUAGCUAGCGGUGUAUUGAUACAUUGAUAAAUGAUAAGUAGUGUGUUUUUAAAUAAUGUGAUAUUAUUGUGACAUAUUUUGUUAUUAUUUACUAGAUGAGUUUUAUGAUGUUUACGUAAUGUAAAUAAAAUAAAUAUAUCUUUAUUGAAA